AUGCCGGCAUGGGUAUUUGUGGUGGUGGCCCCUGCAAAGGCCCGUUCACAGAUUUGGGCAAAGCAAUGGGCAGCUGCCCAUACCUUGCCUCAUUCCCUAUGCACUGAGAGAUGCCACCCUGGAUACAGCAGAAAAGUUCUCAGGGGAGAAAAUUCUUCUUGCUGCUAUGAUUGUUCUCAGUGCCCAGAAGGGACAAUUUCAAACCAGACAGAUGCAUAUGAGUGUUUCCUGUGCCCAGAUGAUGAGCAUCCAAAUGAGAACCAAAAUGGAUGCAUCUCUAAAGUUAUAACCUUUCUUGCCUACAAUGAGCCAUUAGGAAUCAGUUUGGCUGCUUCUUCUAUCUCCUUUUCCUUUUUCACCAUCGUUGUAUUUGGAACCUUUGUGAAAUAUGAAAACACACCCAUUGUCAGAGCCAACAACCGGGAUCUUACCUACCUCCUCCUAAUUUCCAUCUUGCUUUGCUUUCUUUGCAUUUUUUUGUUCAUGGGAAAACCCAACAAGGUGUCCUGCCUUCUUCAACAAGCGGCUUUUGGGAAUGCUUUUUCUUUUGUAAUGUCUUGUGUCUUGGCCAAAACCAUCACCGUGGUGCUGGCAUUCAUGGCCACCAGCCCAGGAAACACAGCAAGGAAAUGGUUGGGGAAAAGGCUGGCCAAUUACAUUAUCCUGGUUUGCUCUCUUAUUCAAGUUGGCAUCUGCACGAUCUGGCUCAGUACUUCUCCACCAUUCCCAGACCUUGACAAGUUUUCGCAAUCUGGACAAAUCAUAGUGGAGUGCAAUGAAGGCUCAGUCAGCAUGUUUUACAUUGUCUUGGGUUACAUGGGCUUUCAGGCCAGCGUCAGCUUCUUGGUGGCCUUCCUGUCCAGGAAGCUGCCAGAUACUUUCAAUGAAGCCAAGUUCAUCACCUUCAGCAUGUUGGUGUUCUGCAGUGUCUGGAUCUCCUUUGUUCCAACCUACCUGAGCACCAAAGGGAAAUACAUGGUGGCUGUUGAGAUCUUUUCUAUCUUGGCUUCCAGUUCUGGGUUGUUGGGUUGCAUAUUUGCCCCCAAAAUGUAUAUUAUUUUGCUCAAGCCAGACAUAAACACCAGAGACCAGUUAUUUAAAAGAAAAAAGUAA